AGGGGAAGCACAGGUCCAGCCAGGGUGGGGAGAUAGCCCUGGGUGGAGGCCCAAAAGGCAGCGAGGAGUGUCCCCGGCCCAGGAAGCUGGGCUGUGGGGAGCCAGACCUGACACUGGAGCAGGCAGGGCCUCAGGUAGGGGGAGGGCUUUGGUGUCCGCCUCACAUUGGAAGAGUUACUGCAGAAGACUUGUCCUCAUCAGAGGGAGGCUGGGUUUGGUGUGGGGCUGGGGUGCCACAUAGAGGGUCCAGACAUGGCCCUGGGAUCCCAUGCCUGCCUAGGGCACUGUCCCCUGGCUCAGGAGUGGUGAAGACAUCUCAAGCUUCCCAAGCCAGAGGCAGAGCCAGAUGUCUCCUGCUAUUGCUGCUUGCUGUCAGCCCCGUACAACCCUGGUAUCUGUCAUGGGCCAGCCAGGCCCUGGCUUUGGGGGCUCGGCACCUGACCCAGCAGCCUGGGAUGGGGAGGAAGGGUGGAGAAGAAACUGAGGCUCCAGGAGCCAACUCAGCUCCAGACACAGCCAGCGGGUCCUGGGCCGGCCUCAGCCUCCUUGGUUGUGUGCAGGGCUGGCCCUGCCUCUGUGCGGGCAAGUUAGAGAUCUCAGGGCUCCACCCGCCCUGGCAACUUGGACUAUAGAGGAACCGCCAGGAGAGAGGUUCCAGGCUUGGCAGGAAGCGGAAGUUGGGGGCCUGGGCCCUUGUCCAGGCAGCCCAGUAUUGCACAGACAGGCCAGGGCGUGGGGGGAAUGCCGACUGUCUCGGGUGCUUCCGGGAGCACUUCUGCCUGCCAGGUAUUCCACCGGACCAGCUCAUCUGGCUCUGCAGGGCUCAGGGCUGGGCAGCGCCCACUGUGUGGUUGGGUGAGGAUGGAGGCGGGAAUUUGGGGCAGAGGCCUGGUCAGGCCAGCCCUGGGGAACAUGAGUUAGGGGAGAGAUACAGACUCAUACACAUGCUGGGCAGAACACACUGUGCUCCAGGCGCCCACAGGGCACCAGUAUUAGCUGUGCGCUCCUAGGGGCCCCGCUGGGGUGGGGGUCACCACCUCAGACCUGCCGAGGACCCAGAAGGGUGCACCUCAACAACAGUGGGCACCUGCAAGAGGUGGCAGCUCAUCUGGCUUUAUUUGGUAGCCCCCUCCCCAGGCUGCCCUCAGCUCGGAGAUGGUGACAGUUUACCCAUUUAUGCCCAUUCCAGGAUGUCUGAUGGGGCUGGAGUCUAGGGGGGCCAGUGCAGCCCCUGGCCCAGCUGAGACCCUGCUGCUUCUUGAGGGCUGAAUCAGGCCUCCGCUCUGGGCUGGAUCCAGACUCCUGGACCCUGCUGGGGCCUCCUCAGGGCUGUCCACAACUGCCCUGGGCCCCUGGCCAAGAGCCGGUAGUCAGGGUUAAGGGCUUCUAUCCACCCUUCUUUGUGGAUUUGCUACCUCCUGGGGAUCCUGCCCCUUCCCAGGGCCCUGGUGGGUAGAGCCAGAGCGUGGACAGGCUGGGCAGUCGCCUCCCACAGUCUGGGCAGGAGGCCCUUCACAAGCCCACAGCAGGCACCUCUGAGUGGCUGCCCAGUCCCCUCCCCAUAGAGUGCACGCUCACGCACGCACCACCACACCUGUCCAGGGGCCCGCCUGUGGUCCCGCCCGGGGCCUGCUUCUAGGUCAGGCCUGGGCACGACUUCCCAGGAGGAGCAGGGGCAGGUGCUACUGGCUGGGGCAGCCAUGGCUGGGGGUAUGUGGGGCCGCACCCGGGGGGCCCCUGUAGGGGCUCUAACCCUGACAGCUCUGGCUGAAGGGAUCAGGGCCAGCCAGGGGCAGCCCCUAGGCCCCUCUUCCACAGGCCCUCAGCCCGAGACCCAGGCGCAGGCACCUGGCUUCGCCGCCAAGGCUGAGCCUGGAAGUGGGGCUGCUGUGCCCACAGCUGGCAGUGAGCCCUGCUCCCUGAGCAGUGCCCUGGAGCCGGGACCCCAUCAGGCCUCCCAGAGUUCCUGGGAGGAGGGGGCUCUUGCCGAUCUUGCCUUGUACACGGCUGCCUGCCUGGAGGAGGCUGGCUUUGCAGGGACCCAGGCAACAGCGAUCACCCUGUCCUCAGCCCUGGAGGCCCAUGGGGCACAGCUAGAGGACCAGGUGCGUGCUCUGGUGCUUGGGUUGCUGGCACAAGUGCCCAGCCUGGCUGAGGGGAGGCCCCGGCGGGCGGCCCUGCGGGUGCUGAGCGCACUGGCCCUGGAGCACUCAAGGGACGUGGUGUGUGCGCUGCUACCACGCUCACUGCCCCCUGACUGGGCAGCAGCCGAGCUCUGGCGCAGCCUAAGCCGGAACCAGCGCGUAAAUGGGCAGGUGCUGGUGCAACUGCUGUGGGCACUGAAGGGCGCUGCAGGGCCCCAGCCGGAGGCGCUGGCGGCCACUCGCGCUCUUGGGGAGAUGUUGGCCAUUUCGGGCUGUGUGGGAGCCACUCGGGGCUUCUACUCGCACCUGCUGCUGGCACUGGUCACACAGCUGCAUGAGCUGGCUCACAGCAGUGCACACUCCCUUGAUACUCCCAAGAUUUGGGUCCUGUCCCACCGAGGGCCACCACACAGCCAUGCGAGCUGUGCCGUGGAGGCCUUGAAGGCCCUGCUCACUGGGGAUGGGGGCCGCAUGGUUGUCACGUGCAUGGAGCAGGCAGGAGGCUGGAGGAGGUUGGUGGGAGCCCACACCCACCUGGAGGGCGUCCUGCUGCUGGCCAGUGCCAUGGUGGCGCAUGCAGACCACCACCUGCGAGGCCUCUUUGCAGACUUGCUUCCCCGGCUGCGAAGCACCGACAGCCCGCAGCGCCUCACGGCAAUGGCCUUCUUCACCGGGCUAUUGCAGAGCCCGCCCACCGCACGGCUCCUGCGGGAGGAGGUCAUCCUGGAGCGGCUCUGCACCUGGCAGGGCGACCCCGAGCCCACGGUGCGCUGGCUGGGCCUGCUCGGCCUCGGCCACCUCGCGCUGAAUCGCGGGAAGGUGCGGCACGUGAAUACGCUACUGCCGGCGCUCCUGGGGUCGCUGGGCGAGGGCGACGCGCGGCUCGUAGGCGCAGCACUAGGCGCGCUGCGGAGGCUCCUCCUGCGGCCAAGGGCGCCGGUGCGGCUCCUGAGUUCUGAGCUGGGGCCGCGUCUCCCUCGGUUGCUGGACGACGCCCGGGACUCAGUCCGCGCCUCGGCGGUCGGGCUCCUCGGGACGCUGGUGCGGCGGGGCCGAGGCGGGCUGCGGCUGGGGCUCCGCGGCCCCCUGCGGAAGCUGGUGCUGCAGAGUCUCAUGCCACUGCUGUUGCGCCUCCACGACCCCAGCCGGGAUACUGCUGAGAGCUCAGAGUGGACCCUGGCCCGCUGUGACCAGGCCCUUUGCUGGGGCCUGCUAGAGGAGAUGGUCACUGUGGCCCACUACGACAGCCCUGAGGCCCUAAGCCGUGUCUGCCACCGCCUGAUUCAGCGAUACCCCAGCCACGUGCCCAACUUCCUGAGCCAGACCCAGGGCUACUUGCGGAGCCCACAGGACCCCUUGCGCCAUGCAGCCACCAUGCUCAUAGGCUUCCUCAUCCACCAUGCCAACCCGGGCCUCGUCCACCAAGACUUGCUGGACUCCCUGUUCCAGGACCUGGGGCGACUGCAGAGCGACACCCAGCCGGCUGUGGCAGCGGCGGCGCGAGUGUCCGCCCAGCAGGUGGCGCUGUUGGCCCGCACCCAGGGUCAACCCCGCGGCCCUCUCCGCCUCGUCCUGGUCCUGCGCCACGCCGGGUCCACCCGGCCAGCGCCCGUCUUUGCCGACAGCCCCUUCCAGCGCCGGAGCCUCGCUGACCGCUGGGGCUGCUCGUGAGCGCGCCCAGCCUGAGGAUCAGGGGUCUGACUUGGGCACCCCACUCAUACUGGAGCCAGUCCCCACCCUGCUUGGGCGCCCUGGGCCU